UACUGGCGGUAGUGUUGUAUUCAUUACAACCUUCAACGAGAGCAAACCAAGCAUUACAAAUAUUAACAGCCAUCUACCAAACUGUAUUGUAUAUUUUAAGUAUAUAAACCAAACGUUUCUAGUUAUUGAUAACCACCUCAUAAUAGUGCUCUAACCCCCAGCUACGGAAAACUUAUCCAUAACGAAUAGAAUACUUUCCCUGGAUAACUAAUAUCGUAAUAAGUAGGGCUAGGGAAUAUCAUAACAUGCAAACUCCUAGAAGUCCCUAGCCCUAGUAAUAAGGUUCCCCGACCACGUUACAAUAGUACAUUACUAACAUUAUUUUUAAUAACAAACAAUAAUUGUAUUGUACGUCAUAAUUCAUAAUAUACUAUAUUGUUUUCUUCAUAAAAUUUUGUUAUUUUAUUUGUGUAUUGUUUUAUAAUAUACAACCUUUUAUUCGACGAUAAAAUUAGUAAGUACGAAGUAGCAAAAUAACUACUAUCUCUUUCCUGGUUUGUAUUCAUUAUUCAUAUCACAAAACUUUCACAUGUCUAUAAACGCCAAGGAAUAAGACAAUUUUUACGGGCCUGACCUAAAUCGUCUUCUAUCAUCAGUGCACGAGCACCAUUCGAACAGACAAGUGCAGGAGCACAUCAUACAUACCCAAGACUCAUACUCAAAAGAUCCUGCGAGAGACAACUGUGCCGUUUCAUUUUUUUUAAACGAAAUUUAAUUAGUGUUCAGUCAUUUAUUUUUUGAGUAUUUAAAUAAUUCUUACUCUCCUUAUUACGUCGACUGCGUUUUCAGACACAUACUGUAAUGAUAUGUUCAAAUUUACAUAUCAUAAAUUUUGUAAAUUCGUUAUUUUCAUUUAAUAAAAUAUAUAACGGUCGAGUUGUCGUACGCAUGUAAUAAAAUCUAAAAUAACCCCAAUAAAUCAUGUCACUGGUGAUUGGAACGAUUCCUAUUAUCUAGUCUCGUACAGGACACUGUACGGGAUUAUAACGGUACAGCGCAACACAUGCAACUUCUUUCAUGUGCCGCCGGAGACGGGGGAUGGUCCGGUCAGGGUCGCUUUCACCAGGGAAAAAGACAAUUUUCUUUGGGGACACCGACACCUUUGAUCGGGCCGCCGAUGACUCUGGCGGGCCUGACCUAAAUCGUCUCCUCUCAUCAGUGCAUGAGCACCCUCCAUAGCCAGAAGUGCACGAGCACAUCCAAAACAUAUAAGUGCAUGAGCACCACCCAGACAGACAAGUGCAGGAGCACAGCAGAAUUACUCGCAACCACUCAAAGGACAUUGCCUACGACAACUUUACUGUUUCUUUUUCAUAUAACGAAAUUUGUCAAAGUGUUUAGUUAUUUCUUUCUUGAGUGCUAAAAAAUUUAAUAAAUUCUAUCCUUGUUACGUCGACUGCAACCAGAGACAUCUGCGGACAAGGUAAGGUGCAUGCGCAUCCACAUUUAAACAAUAAUAGUAUUAUAGAGUUUACUUGAUCGUUCUCGAAGCUCGACCUCGAGAACCCUCCGACCAUCAGGAGGAAGGUGAUUCCGCAAAUUUAGAGUGAUAAAACAUAGGCUAAAAUAAUCGAUAGAUUUCUAAUAACUUACAAAUAUAUUUGAGGCAAUCAUUCAAGGCUUGUGUCCCUUGUGGUUGCCGAUACAAUUUAUUUAAACUACUUCGCUUAAAUCAAAACAUUAUUUUUAAAAAUAAAAAUAUUAAUCACGUAUUAAUAUUUUUACCUUAACUACUAUUCCUAUUUUUAGUUUCUUUAUUUUUGCGUUAUUACAAUACGGAUAAGGUAAGGUGCAUGAGCAUCGAUAUUUAUAUAGUCAUAAUUUUAUACAGGUAUCAUAUUUUGUUUAUUAAUUUAUAAGAAUUUAAUAAAUUAAUAAUUCGCUUAAUAUUUUAUCAACGGUAUACUUCAUCGUUCUCGAAUCACGACCUCGAGAGCCCUCCGACGAUCAGGAGGAAGGUAAUCGCGCAAAUUUAAAAUAAUAAGUCAUAAGUUGAGAUAACUAAAGAAUAACUAAUAACUUAUAAUAACUUAUAAAUAUAUUUGAGGCAUUCAUUCAAGGCUUGUGUCCCUUGUGUUUGCCUUACAAUUUAUUUAGACCACUCAAUCUCCCAUACAUAAAUAAUACAUUUUAAUAAUAUUAUAAUAUAUUAAUAUUGUUAUUAUUAUAACCAUUAUUUCUUUAAUUUUUCUUUUCUUUUAUUUUUGCGUUAUCACAAUAUGCAUAAAUAUACAAAAUAAAAUUUUAUAUUUCAGAUCUACUGACUUUAAUUCAAACUUGUAGCUUACCUAGAAAUGUUUUAGACUAUUAAAAAAAAACAUGCAAAUGCAUAAAAAUCCGGGCCCUAGUUAUUAUAAAUAUACCUAUUAUAAUAAAUUAUUGAUAUAAUCCGACUUACCAAUUUUUUAAUUGAUUACAUUAUCAGCUCCUAUCAUAAAUAUACCUCUUGAUAAUUUUGUUUAGGUGUUAUAUUAUCGAUUUUUCUUAAAUGAUAUUCUCUAAUAUUACAUUUAUGGAGAAUGGUUUCAUCUGAAAUAGAAUUAUUAUUAAUAGAUAUGGUAUGGAUUUUUCUGCAGAAAUCGAAAAUGCUCUUUAUAAUUUCGAUACGUCUGUAGUAAGUGUUGAAGUACUUCAACAAAUUUAUGAAGUGUCGGCGACAAAAGAAGAAUUGGGAUUAAAAGGUCAUGUGGCAUCUCAUCCGGACCAGCCACUUGAUGACCUAGAACAGUUCCUGUUAGAACUCAGUGAAAUACCACAUUUUGGUGAACGCGUAGCGUGCUUAAUAUUUCAAUCAGAUUUCAAUGACGCCUUGGACAACAUAGCAAACAAACUGAAUAACAUGAAAUUUGAUAUUAAUUUAGCAUAAAAUAAAAAUAUAUUCUGACUACUUCUGCUUUAAUUUAUAGAAUUUUAUAUUAAUUGAUGUGUAUUAUUCAUAUUAGUAUAGAAUGAAUAAGUAUUAAGUAGAUUGCUGAAACUUAAGUAUAGAAAAAUGUAUUAAAUUGAUAAAAUGUAAAUUUUAUUUUAGUGUGCUUUAGUGCAUUUACUAUGAUAACAAUGAUCAUUGUAGUACACGGUGUACUAAAAGAACGAAAAAUGGGAUCUACUAUUUUUCUAAAACCAGAGUCUUUCAUUAUCCUUAAGGGUCUACCAUUGUCCAUUGACUGUGACCAUUUCAAUAUAGCCGUCAAUCACUGCCCGACGUUUUAUUAAUAAGUAGUAUUUAAGAGCCGUACCGAGCCAUUUUUUAUUCCGAGGCAUAACUUUAGCAAUGUCCCCUCCCCCUAGGUGGUGGAAUGAUACACUCGCAGUUUUUGAUAUUUUUCAAUAAAAUAAUAAGAUCAGGAAAAUCUGUAAAUUUUUAAUUAAGUUUCGAGCAAAAAAGA